AGGUGGUGCCUGUAACAUUUGCUUGAACAGCACGGUUGCAAUGGGUUUUGCACUUUUAUGAUGUGGGCUUGUGCUGAAGAAUCAGUUUAAGGAUUGUUGCCCUGAAUCUUGUUCUGCAUAUCUCUUCUCUCAUCUGAAGGCCGAGGAAAGUGUUGAUUUACCAGUGACCCCAGAAGUAACCAUGUCCUGUGGAUUAAGAAGGAACUCUGCUGGAAAAGCAAGUUCUGGAAAUACCAAAGAAAAAGUUGUUCCUCAUUAUCUUAGAGCAUCUACUGGCUCCUGUCAUGAUAUGUGUAAAUAUGGGAGGAAGCAUGCACUGGAAGCAAAGGAGACACGUUCUAUACCUAAGAGAGCUGAAAGAAUACCACUACACCAAAGUUUAGAAGAGAGUAUUAGUGGGAAUGGGAAAAUGAAGUCAGUUGCCAAGCUGAGAACAUCAGUUGUUGAUUCCAAGCCAACAAAGAAACGCAUAAAAUCAGUUGAUUCUGAGUUACAGAUUUCUGAUAGCCAAAAACGAAUAGGGAAUGAAGUUCUGGUAAGCAGGAACAAAGCAUCAUUGGUCAGGGCCAAAUCAUCACUCUUUCCAAAAUCCCAUAUUUCUUCUAUCCCCAAAACAAGGAGACCAGAAAUUUCAUCAAAUUUUAAGGUGAAAAGUCCAUCAAAACCAACUUCCAAGAAGGUGGAAACUUCGUCAGUAUCAACUUCCAAGAAGGAGGAGGGACCUCCAAUGAAAUCAACUUCUGAAAGGGUGAAAACUCAUCCAAAACCAUCUUCCCUGAUGGUCAAAUCUUCAUCAAAAUCAAAUUCCAAAAAGACUCAAACUUCAUCAAAGUUGUCUUCCUUUGAAGACAACAAUGAGGUUGAGGAAAAGACUUUGUAUGUGGUCACAAUGGAAAGUGAAAACCAAACUUUGCCAUCUGAUCAAAAUGCAAGCCAGGAUAUUAAACCUUCCCUCUCUCAUUUGUCAUCAUCACCCAAGGUUUCAUCCUCCUCAAUUUCGCAAUCUUUAUCUCAAAAAGACCAAGAGGAAUCUGAAUAUGCAGCCAGUGAAUUUGAGGAGGAUUCUUCUUCAGGAAACUAUGAAACCGUAUACACAGAAAAUAGGGAGACUUUGGAAGUUGAGGAGAAUGGCAAGCCUCAAAAGGAUGACAUUGUGUGUAGUGAAGACCCUUACUGCCAAAUGAUAAGUGGAAAACUGGUUGAAACUCAAAUUGAGAAAGUUGGCCUGAAGAUGCUUAAAUUCCGGAAAGGAAAUGUUAAGGCUGUUGGUGACAACAUUUGUGCUAUAACUGAUUCAGAGGUUAAUUUGAGACAUCCAGAUGUGCAGGGCAAGAAAGAUGGAAAGGGAUUGUUAAAUAAUGUAAUUGAGGAAACAGCAAGUAAACUGGUUGAAACUCAGAAGAAGAGCAAGGUUAAAGCAUUGGUUGGUGCCUUUGAAACUGUAAUAUCUCUCCAAGAGAAACAACAUUUUGCAACCAUUGUCACUUGAUCUGGGUAGACAUUUUCUAGAUUUUCAUUUACUUUGUAAAGAAAUGAUAGGAAAAUAAACCCAAGCUUGUGGCAGUAGAUGUGAGUCGACAAGCUGAUAGCUCUGCACAAAGUAUAUAAAUAGAUAGAUUUUCCUUGUCUGUAGAAGCUCUGGGUGUAGAGUUG